CUAUUCGCUCUUCCUUUUCGUGCGGCCGUGUCACCGCGUGGUUUCGCUGCCGCGUUUCUCUCAAGAAACAAAUUAAAAUGGCUAUCAGACCAGUAUACAGGCCGACUAUUGUCAAAAAGAGGACGAAGCGGUUCAUCCGCCAUCAGUCCGAUCGCUAUGAUAAACUUAAGCGCAACUGGCGUAAACCCAGAGGUAUUGACAACAGGGUCCGUCGUCGCUUCAAGGGCCAGUACCUGAUGCCCAACAUUGGUUACGGAUCCAACAAGAAGACCAGACACAUGCUACCCAAUGGCUUCAAGAAGGUCUUGGUACACAAUGUCAGGGAGCUCGAGAUUCUGAUGAUGCAAAACAGGAAGUACUGCGCAGAGAUCGCGCACGGUGUCUCCUCAAAGAAGCGCAAGACCAUAGUGGAGCGCGCGCAGCAGCUCAGCAUCAGAGUUACCAACGCCGCCGCCCGCCUGCGCAGCCAGGAGAAUGAAUAAACUUAAUAUAAAAUAUUGUUAAACAACAAAA